AGUUUUAUCAAUAAAAUUUGAACUAAAUAUUCACUAUCGGUAACGUAGAUACCUAACAACACUCUUGUUUACUUGUCGUUCAAAAAAUUAACGUCGCCGAUAGCUGCAUAAAAAUAUACUAAAUAACUAUUAUUUAGUAUAUUUUUAUAUUAUUUAAAGCUGUGCAUCACGAAACUGCCCCCCUAAGGUUAGGCUUGAACAAUGGGUGAGAAACAAAACGCUCAGGUGUCCACGGGGGCGACGAAGAAGAAGCGGGACGACAAGUCGUCCAGGAGGGACCCGCGCGCCUGGGACAACGUGCUAAGGGCUGUCAGCAAUCUCACUGACCACCAGAAGCUGACUGUUGUGUCGGAGAAGUACAUGGACUUGUAUGCCGAGCUUCGUAAGGUAGUCAAGCAGCUGCAGACCAUGGAGAAGGCGUACGCCACGCUGCAGAGGGAGAAGGACCAGCUGCAGGUCGACCAGACCAGGUCCAUAUUGGCCAAGGCCACCAUGGAGAGCCUCUGCCGGGAACUGCAGAAGCAGAACAAACAAAUCAAAGAGGAAAACCUUGUCAAACAUAAGGAGGAAGAGGAGAAGCGCAAGGAAGUGGCGGCGAAAUUUGCUGAAAAACUAAACGAUAUAACUUCAAUGAUGGAGGACAACAAGGAUAAAAGCUUCAAACUAAGGGAUGAGAACAUUAAAAUGACCCGCAAAUUGACCGAAUUGCAUGAACAGUUCAAGGAACGGGACGAAAACAUUGCCAGAAUGACCAAACAAAUGGAGCUCAGCAAGCAACUGGCAAGCCUUCAAAUUCAGAAGUUGAACACUGAAAAGGAAAUGUGGGACAAGGAAAGAGGCAUGUUGGAAGCCAAAUUGAACAUGAGUGAAGCCAACAACAAGGCAUUAGAGGAGAAAGUCACCGAACUGCAAGAAUACGUGGACGUCUACAAGGGCCAGUACUCCGAUUUCGAAACGACAAUGACUAAAAGCAACAAAAUCUUCCGCGAAUUCAAAUCCGAAAUGAACAAGAUGACCAAGCGGGUGGCCACGUUAGAAAAGGAGUGCAAUCUAUGGAAAACUAGGUACCAAACUGGGGCGUCGUCAGUUAUUGAACUGUCCCAACUUCACCAGACCCAAAUUUUCGAAAUCCAAAAGUUAGAAACCAAACUGGCGGCCGUCACAAGCCUCUGUCGACAGCUACAAACUGACCGGUUAGCAUUCCUGAAACAGCUCAAGGCCAACAACAUCGAACCCGUUGAAUCGGCGGCGGCGGCGGCGGAGAUCCCCGAAGUUUCGCCUGUGGCCGCCACCUCAUCCGACACAACCGAACCGUCUUAUCCGCCAACGAAAAAGGAGAAGGAACUGGCAAGACUCAAGGAAAACCUGAAGGUGUUGCAGGAGCAGAUAAAGCACACCAUUUUAACUGAGACCGCAGCCGCUGAGCAACUGAAAACUGAGACUGAGGCUUGCAUCGAAGCCAACGAUGUCGCCGAGAACGGUAAUGGUACUUCGGAAACGGUUGAAGACAAAGAAGAGAAACAACCGGAGAAACCGGUAACGGAGGAAAAAGCAAUGGACUGAAGGAACACAACUGUGAUAAACUUUAUAUUUCAGUUCAGUAUAAUUUUUGCACUUGCCAUUUGUUCCUCAUUUUAGAUUUUGUAUUUAUUUAUUUUCUGUUCUGUACUGUUUGCCAAGUUCUGAUGUAGUUGUUAUGUUGAAAAGUUUGGUGUAUCCACACUUUUCAAUAAGGGACGUGUGCACGACAAAUCUAAUUUGUUUUUGAUACAUCUAGAGGAAGCCAAAGGUUUCUUCUUGUUGAGAUUCAUAUAAGGAAACUUUUCUUAUCCCAUUUUUCCUUACAACUUCCUUACUUGGUAAAUUUUUUAGUUUAAGAAGUUUGUUUUAUUGUUUUAUUUUAUUAGUAUUUGCAGUUUUACUUAUGUAAUAUCCCCAGAGAACUGUUAAGUAUUUUUAAGAGUGGUUUGUUUCUAGUUUCGUUUUGUAAAACUUCACAGGAUGAUUAUUCUUAUAAUUUGUUUGUAUUUUACCAGUAUGAAUGAUUAUAACUAAACAUUAUUGUUUCUUAAACGGACAUCACUUAAAUAUUUCUGAAUUAAAAAUAAAAUUUAUUCAAAUAAAUGUGAUUUAAUUACAAGCAAAUUCAGAGUAUAAGAUAAUCAUCCUGUAUCUGAAAAAAUCGAGAGUUUUGAUGUAAGGAAGUGUUGGUUACUUAUUUUGAUCGCAAUUAAAGGUAUGGUACAGUUCUUAGAACACUUUAUUCAGUCAUAAACCAUCCUGUAUGCGUCAGAACUGAUUUGUGAAUACUCACUGUAGGUAAUCAUAUCUAAAUAAAUGUAAGCAUUUUAAUGCUACCUAAUAUUUUUGAAAAUCUUUCGAAUAAAAGCUUUACAGUA